AUGAAAUAUCUUAUAUUUUUCUUGAUUGGAUACUUUACUUCUCGGUCUUGCCUCUGUAUUGAUCGUAGUAGCUCUGGACCUAAAUGGGACACGUUUAAAUCGACAUGGGGUCCAAAUCCUCUGAGUAAAGACUAUUUUGUUGCUCAACCGCUCACUGUUACCGAAGCGAAGAAGGAAGGUUUUGUUCAGAUUUCCACUGGAUGCGAAGGACAAUUUCUCGGACAACGUUUCAUAAAAGACAAUGAUAUUGCUUUGGUGUUGAUCUAUGAUAUAAAAGGUACUAUUGCUGGUGUACAAUUAGCACUUCCUGUCUCCAUGGCCAAAACACAAUAUUAUAAAUUUGAUACACAGAAAAUGUAUAAUCGAGCUACAGUUGCAGGCAACGAUUCUUAUGUAUUGACAGCAUAUUUUGUUGAUCCACAAACCAUUUGUACAUCAGGACGAGAUGAAGCCCGUCUUAAACUCGAAGGUUCAGGCACUGGUCUUUGGUUACAAAAUGGACCUGAUCCUAUUCGUGACUCAGUUCAAUCACCAUUGUAUGAAAAUACAAUAAAUGCAACGAAAUGGGUAUUAGGUUCAUGUUUUCCAUCGAUGGGUGUUCAUUAUUGGUAUGAAAACUCACUCGACAAUAAAUGUGACCAAAUCUUUCCUGUCUUUCUCUUGUAUAACAAAGGUAAAUUGACAGGAUUUGGAUGGGGUCUUGCCGGCAAAUAUGAAUAUACAAAACGAACAGAGGCUGUACCUUACGGAGCAGUUUCGAAGUUUAUGAGAAUUGUACCAACCUGCUUGGAAAAAUUUUUCGAAGAUAUUGGUGGCUUCACAGCUAUGCAUCUUUACUUCAAUACAGCUCCAUGGAAUCUACUCUGUUAA